AUGGAUGAAUUUCAAAGUUUUCCUUUGAAUAAAAACACUAUCAACGUUCCAGAAUUGGAUAAAAAUCAGUUAGCAUUUCCACAUGCUAAAAUUUGUUUUACUGAAUUGUCUUCAUCUCAAAUACAGCAAGAAGGGCAAAUUAAAAGCAAUGUCACAGUGGAAAAUGCAGUUUUGACAUCUCAUGCACAAUCCAAACCUGCUAUUAGUGGCAGUAAAAUUGUUUCUAAGAAUAAAGUAAAUUUAUUUCCAGAAAUAAUUCCAAAGGAUAACUUGAUUCAAAUCUGUAACAUCUACUACUAUUGCCUCCAGUGUUCUACGUUAUUACACAAAUCAAAUUGUACUUCUCAUAUAUCUGGUAAAAAGCAUUCGGGAAAACAGCAAAUAACUCCUUUAUUAAAAUCAAGUGAUCUAUUAAUCUGUCUUGUUUGUAACUUGGCUUUUUUAAAAAGUAAAACAUUCAAAAGUCAUAUAAAAAAGAUGGGUCAUACUGACCGCAAGUUUCUUCACAAGGAUUGUCCAAAGUGCCAUAUAAAAUUAUUUGGUUCAUUGAAAAUCAUUAAUCAACAUGAACAUCUUACAUCCAAAUCUAAACUCGAAAUGAAUGAUAUUUCACCUUAG